GUUCCAUAAGCUGAACGAACACAUCAUGACCGAUGAACCAGAACUGUUCCACCCAGGGGCGGUUUUUCCUGCAGGCGGUAUAAAAAAACCAUUAUUCGCAGGCGACGAGGGAGUGAAUGUGCACCUUUGAUCAGGGGGGCGUGGCCGGAGCGGAGUUCAGCACAGAUGUGACAUUUUCUCAGGGAUUUUGUUCUUUAUUUAAUGUUUGUUCAUUGUUGCGAUCGUUGUUCUGUUUAUUUGAAAGAAACUCAGUCUUGCAGGGCAAAAUAGCGUUUGAAAGUUGCAAUUCCGUUUACAUGCAAAAUCGUUUUUAUUUUAUUUUGGGGGGGCGCCACGAGUGAAGCUCGCCCAGAGCGCCACAUGUGCGAGGGCCGCCCCUGGUUCCACCUUUGUUUGUGUAUUAAGACACAACCCGUCCUCCAUGGCUGCUGACGCAAAUCCCGCUCCCGAGCUCUGUGGACAUCACGUGGUUUCCUGCAGGUCUCGCGAUACUUGCGGCCGCACAGCACUUCCAUCAUGGCAGGCAGGAAGUUGGUGCUGGAGGGGAGAGUCAGUGUCCAGACCUUCGUCCUCGGGCUCAGCGUGGUUCUGGUCCCGCUGGUCAGGACGUGGUUCGGCCAUGUGGACUGGGUCUUCGACCACCUGACGGAGACCUCGGGGAAGAUCGUGAUCAGCCUCCACGUCGCGGCGGUCAACGGCCUGCUGCUGCUGGUCUACCGGGGUCCUCUGUACAAGGUGGCCGUGAGGGCCUGCUUCCUGGGCGUGACCUUCGGCUGUGGACUCGUCAUCAGCUUCUCGGACACCAGCUGGACUCACUUUGGAUGGUACAUGUGCUCGCUGUCCUUCUUCCACUACUCUGAGUACCUGGUGACGGCCAUCAUUAACCCCCGCAGCCUGUCCCUGGACUCCUUCCUGCUGAACCACAGCGUGGAGUACUCGCUGGCCGCCGCCUCCUCCUGGCUGGAGUUCACCGUGGAGAAGCUGAGCGUCCCAGAGCUGAAGCAGCUGAGCUGGCUGAGCACCGUCGGCCUCGUCCUCGUGAUGUUCGGCGACUGCCUGCGGAAGGCGGCCAUGUUGACGGCCGGGUCCAACUUCAACCACAUCGUGCAGAACGAGAAGGCCCGGAGCCACGUGCUGGUGACCAGCGGCGUGUACGCCUACUGCAGGCACCCCUCCUACGUGGGCUGGUUCUACUGGAGCACGGGGACCCAGAUCAUGCUGUGUAACCCCGUGUGCAUCCUGGUCUACACGAUAGCCAGCUGGAGGUUCUUCCGGGAGCGGAUCGAGGAGGAGGAGCUCUCCCUCAUCCACUUCUUUGCUGAGGACUAUGUGGAGUACAAGAAGAGGGUCCCCACCGGGCUGCCCUUCAUCUCAGGGAUCCGGGUCAACUAGUCCAGCAGCUGGAGGCAGGACGUUACAGACUAGAAGCCCUGAGGGGUCAGACUGGGGGGUCAGACCAGGGGGGUCUGCCCCCAGAGGGAGACCCUGCAGCUCAAAGACAGAGACAGCUGCUGCUUUUCUACCUUAACUUCCAGGCCGCCACAUGUCGUCCCUCAGCCGGCGUCUGUCUCUGCAUGCGUCACCGAGUGGCUCCACCGAGAUAAUCAACAACCAAUCGUACCAGAGACGGUUUGGAUCCUCUGGGACAUUUUGGAACUCUUUUUGUUUGGUUUUUGUAAUAAUGACCUGAGAGAAUAUAUAUAUAUAUAUAUACCUGGAGAGCCCUUGGAAUUAAAUUGAUCAGUAAAUGGUUCAAAUAAAUUUCAAAAGCAGAGUUUCAAA